ACGCACCACAACAAUCCAAGAACUCCCACAACCUUUCCCCGUCCCGCUGUCUCAAUUUUUUUUUUUUUUUGCAUAUUCUAGAAUCCAGACCUGGGCCAUUUGUCACUCCGCAUUGCAUUUCAGGCUCCGAGAAGCGGUCCUCCCUCUCCUCUCGCGUCGGCGUCUCGUGCUCGCUUCCCCAAUCCCGCGGAUCGUCGUGGCUCCGUCUCUCUCGGCGGUGCUUCGCGGCGGUUUUGGUCCCCUCCUCCUCUGCGCUGACUGGCUCGACGCGGUUCGUCGCUCGACGCGGGCUCCGGAAUAAUGGCGGGCGGCGGCGGAGAAGAAGAUAACGGUCGGAGUGUGCGUGAUGGAGAAAAAGGUGCUCUCGUCACCUAUGAGACAAAUCCUGGACAGGUUGCAGGCGUUUGGUGAAUUUGAGAUUGUUAUAUUUGGGGACAAGGUCAUCCUGGAAGAUCCUAUCGAGAGAUGGCCAAUUUGUGAUUGCUUAAUUGCCUUUUAUUCAAAAGGAUAUCCCCUUGACAAGGCAGAGGCAUAUGUUGCUUUAAGGAUGCCUUUCUUGGUAAAUGAACUGAAACAACAGCACCUUCUUCACGACCGAAGGAAGGUGUAUGAGCAUCUCGAAAUGUUUGGAAUUCCUGUUCCAAGAUACGCUCUUGUGAAUAGGGAAGUACCAUACCAAGAAUUGGAUUAUUUUGUUGAGGAAGAAGAUUUUGUUGAGGUUCUCGGAGACCGUUUUUGGAAGCCUUUUGUGGAAAAGCCUAUUGACGGUGACAAUCACAGCAUUAUGAUAUACUAUCCAAGUUCAGCUGGUGGGGGCAUGAAGGAACUAUUUAGGAAGAUUGGUAAUAGGUCGAGCGAGUUUCAUCCGGAAGUAAGAAGAGUUAGACGUGAAGGCUCAUACAUAUAUGAGGAAUUUAUGCCCACUGGAGGAACAGAUGUGAAGGUGUAUACUGUUGGUCCUGAAUAUGCGCAUGCUGAGGCGAGGAAGUCACCAGUUGUUGAUGGUGUUGUUAUGAGAAAUCCUGAUGGAAAGGAAGUGAGGUAUCCUGUGCUAUUGACUCCUGCUGAGAAGCAAAUGGCAAGAGAAGUUUGCAUCGCAUUCCGGCAAAUGGUCUGUGGGUUUGAUCUAUUGCGCUGCGAGGGACGCUCAUACGUUUGUGAUGUGAAUGGUUGGAGUUUCGUGAAGAACUCCCACAAAUAUUAUGAUGAUGCUGCAUGUGUUUUGAGAAAGAUGUUAUUGGAGGCAAAAGCUCCUCAUCUCUCCUCAACAAUUCCGCCAAUAUUACCAUGGAAAGUCAAUGAAUCUGUGCAGCCUUCUGAGGGACUAACCCGUCAAGGAAGUGGGAUUAUUGGCACAUUUGGGCAGGCUGAGGAGCUGCGUUGUGUGAUUGCUGUCAUUCGUCACGGUGAUAGAACUCCCAAACAGAAAGUAAAGUUGAAAGUUACUGAGGAAAAACUUCUAAACUUGAUGCUCAAGUACAAUGGAGGAAGGCCAAGAUCUGAGACGAAACUCAAAAGUGCAGUCCAAUUGCAAGAUUUGUUAGAUGCAACAAGGACUCUAGUUCCUCGCACCAGACCUGGUCGUGAAAGUGAUAGUGAGGCAGAAGACAUUGAACAUGCUGAGAAGCUUCGUCAGGUUAAAGCUGUUUUGGAGGAGGGGGGAUACUUUUCUGGUAUCUAUAGGAAGGUUCAACUGAAACCGCUAAAAUGGAUUAAAGUUGCGAAAAGUGAUGGUGAAGGGGAGCAAGAACGUCCUGUUGAAGCUCUCAUGGUCCUUAAAUAUGGGGGAGUUCUCACUCAUGCUGGCAGAAAGCAGGCUGAAGAACUUGGUAGAUACUUCCGGAAUAACAUCUAUCCAGGAGAAGGCACUGGCUUGCUUCGCCUCCAUAGUACAUACCGUCAUGAUCUUAAAAUCUACAGCUCUGAUGAGGGCCGUGUGCAGAUGUCCGCUGCUGCAUUUGCUAAGGGUCUCCUUGAUUUGGAAGGUCAACUAACACCUAUCCUGGUUUCGCUUGUUAGCAAGGACUCCUCUAUGCUGGAUGGACUUGAUAAUGCUAGUAUUGAGAUGGAAGAAGCUAAGGCAAUGUUGAAUGAAAUUAUAACGGCUGGUGUAAGUAAGGGCAGCUGCAAUGGUUCCUCUGAACUUCCCUGGAUGGCUGAUGGGGUUGGAUUGCCUUCGAAUGCUUCAGAGCUUCUACCUGAAUUGGUGAAAUUGACGAGGAAGGUAACAGAACAAGUCAAACUACUUGCAAAGGAUGAAGAUGAGGAACUUAUAGAGUCAACUGGAUAUAAUUUAAUUCUUCCAUAUGAUCAAGCAAAAGCACUUGGUAAGACCAAUAUUGAUGUCGAUCGCAUUGCUGCUGGAUUACCCUGUGGUAGUGAGGGCUUUCUCUUGAUGUUUGCUCGAUGGAGAAAACUUGAAAGAGACUUGUACAAUGAACGCAAGGAGAGGUUUGACAUAACGCAAAUUCCUGAUAUUUAUGACUCAUGCAAAUAUGAUCUUCUACACAAUGCACAUCUUAAUCUGGAGGGAUUGGAUGACCUUUUCAAAGUAGCACAGUUACUUGCAGAUGGUGUUAUUCCAAAUGAGUAUGGUAUUAAUCCAAGGCAGAAGUUAAAGAUUGGAUCAAAGAUUGCUCGCCGUUUGUUGGGAAAGAUUUUGAUUGAUCUCAGAAAUACUUGUGAAGAGGCAAUUUGUAUUGCUGGACUAAAGAGCAAACAGUGUUCAAAAUCAAGCGAGGCCGAAUGGGAUGAUCAGGAAGGUUGGAAUGAAGAAUUCAGAAGAUGUAGUGCCACUAGUGAGAAGUCAAUGGAGCAGGAUGAUGAGGAUGACAGAGAGUCUCAAUAUCGUUUAGAUCCAAAGUACGCAAAUGUCAAGACUCCUGAACGUCAUGUCAGAACGCGGCUUUACUUCACAUCAGAAUCGCAUAUCCAUUCUCUCAUGAAUGUACUCCGCUACUGCAACCUGGAUGAGUCCCUUCAGGGGGAGGAUAGCCUAAUUUUCCAUAAUGCCUUGGAGCGCUUGUACAAGACCAAAGAGCUUGAUUACAUGAGUUAUAUCCUUCUGAGAAUGUUUGAGAACACAGAGGUAGCUUUAGAAGAUCCAAAACGGUUCCGCAUAGAGAUGGCAUUUAGCCGAGGUGCAGAUUUAUCUCCUCUUGAGAAGAAUGACGGUGAAGCUACUUCACUGCAUCAGGAGCACACACUGCCAAUAAUGGGCCCAGAGAGGCUGCAGGAAGUGGGAUCUUAUCUGACUUUGGAGAAGACGGAGAGGAUGAUUCGCCCAUUUGCAAUGCCAGCUGAAGACUUUCCUCCACCGGCAACGCCUCAGGGUUUCUCAGGCUAUUUCUCGAAGAGUGCUGCUGUCCUUGAGCGUCUGGUUAAUCUCUGGCCUUUCCAUAAGCAAGGAAAUGUUAAUGGAGGUAAGAAGUAACUUAACCUCCACUUGAACAGUUUCUUUUCCUUUCACAUUCUUUUGUUAUUUCUUGAAUAAGCUGGCCGGAAUUGCAGCAAAUUUUGACAUUCUUUGAGUCUUGCUGAAAGCAAUUACAGUUAAUUUUUCCCUUGUCACUUAACGUGUUAUCAACUCUGCUGAAAUACCCGCUUGUGACAUUGUUAACGUGUGCUUUUGAAGUA